AUGGAAGAUAAAGUAAACGAACUCGCUGAAAAGUUCAAAGACUUGAAAGCAGUCGCUUUACAGAAAGGUUGCAAGGAGGAGGACGUCAUUCGGUUAUUCUUGAAAGAAGCCGGGAAGAUUAAAGCGAAGAAAGAGCCAUCGUUUAGAAGAUUUAAACUCCUGGCAGUUGUGUUGAUUAUUCCGUUAUUUCUAGCGACUAUUGGCUACUAUUUCUUGUACGAUAUAUUCGACGAAACCUCUCCAUGUUCAAUCGAUAACAGUAUUUUUGUGCUCGAAGCAGCACGUCCUAUUGCCAACUGCCAAAUGUGCAAAGGUCUCAAGGAAGUGCCUAAAGUAUCUGGACUCACACCAGAACAGUUUGUAGAAAAGUUUGCCUACAGUAGUCGGCCGCUUGUUGUCACAGACGCGACCCAGUCGUGGACGGCAAUGCAACAGUUCUCGUAUGAAUAUUUUCGAAAGUUGUACACGGAUAGCGAGACGGCUUUGAAUUCCACAGAAGAGGAAUGCCAAUUCUUUCCUUAUCGAACAGAAUUUCAUUCUCUGCGUCAAGUGUUUAAAAUGUCGAAAGCAAGAGCUGAAUUCAAAGCUGAACCUUGGUACAUUGGAUGGUAUGUGUGUGAUAUUAUUAUUUUUAUUGUUUAUAUUGCGUAUAUUUACCAAGUAUUAAACCUGCAGUGUAGCAAUACUGAUUUCAAGACAUGUUAAGUAAAAUUCUUCAGUAAUGCUCUCUUAUGUUUUGUGACAUAUGCCUGAAUAUUUUUAAUUAACAUGCGCUGAAUUCAGUUAUUUUUUGCUCGUAUUAUAAUACCUUCAUCUUUCAAUAUAUAUUAUCAUUAAGUAAGCUCAUAUAGGGCACCGGAAGUUGAUCUAUAUCUCGUAAUUAAAAUACAUAAAUAGCAAAUUGAAAACACGCAGAAAACCAGCUGUGUUUGCAUGGAAAUGGCUGCAUUAAAAACAGAGUACUUGAUGUCUUUCAUUUCUGUUACACAGUCAUCCUCAAGGGCCAAGGCUGUCUUACCUAUCGUAUCCAACCUGCUUACAAACUUGAGUUGUAUUUUGUAAGUCAAGCACACAACUAGCUCAUGUUACCGUAGGUUAGUUGUGUGCUUGAUUCACACAGUACGACUCAAGUUGUUAGGAGAUUGCAUGCAACAGUUUUAGGCAAAAGUUUUCAGCCUUCAGAGACGUGCUCAGGUUUCUUUGUUAGCCCAUUAAGACGAACAAAAUUUGUACUUUGCCGAUUUUUUUUUGACAAGUGCAUACUUGUUCAAAAGCUAGCACACUGGCUUUUUUAAACCAGCAUACUUGAAAAAUUGGCAAAGUGGCCCAUACAGACGAGCAAGUAAAACUUGUUAUAUGAAAACUUGUAGUUGUGAUAGGAAACUUGCUGAUCUGUAAUUGUUUCAGCGGACGUGCAGUGUUUCAUGCACAUCGAAAAACUCAGUUUCAUUGACUAGGAAAAUCGUCUACUGUUAGACGAAGUUAAAUACUCAAGUGGGUAUCGUUCAUAUAUGUACCUGAAAACGAACGAGCAGGAAUAGGAAACGCGAUUGCUCACAUAUUUGAUAUUUCACACAACAUUCAAAUCCUCUCUCACACGUCCCCUCUCCGAAUGCUGACGUGUACAAAUGACGUCAGCCAGAAAAGACAUUGUGCUAAAGGUCUCAGGACCUGACUGUAUUAUUUUUCAUACGAUGGGUAAUAGAUGACAGGUGUUCUUCUGCAAUCAUUUGGUUCAACGAGUUCGUUUACCCGUCGCGUUCCCGCCCUACAUGCGUUAAGGUUAUUAUCAAAAUUUGAACCAGCUUAAAGUUGAUUCGCAAUUCAGCUCUCUGUACUCUGUAGGCUACGGUGUAUACUCUCACUGGGGUCUGGGGUCUAGGCUAGCUCCGGUGAGCUCUAUAAAUUUCUGGAGCAAGAACUUCAGUCAUUCGGUAAUCGUUCCAUGUUUUGCGCACCAAUAUAGUAAACGUUAUGUAAUGGAUAUUAUAGUGUACUGAAAAGUUAACUGGAUACCUCCAUAUACAUAUAUACAGCUCUAACCCUAUCCCUAACCUUAAACCUAACCCCUAACCUAACCCUAAUACCUAACCCUUAACCCUAACUUAUAUUGGUGCGCGAAACAUGGGACGAUAACCAGUCAUUCGGUCAAUGAGAAAAGUGAAGCCAAGAUGCCGGUCAUUGACGUCCAAUAGCUCUGAAGGUCGUAAACAGUUUUUAUACCAUUUUUCCAGCGGACCGUAUUGCUAAUCAAGUUUUCUGUUCAUAAAAUCAUAACAUUGGUCUUUAAAUCGAAGUCAAAAUACGGCGAAAUUUCGGCACACUCCUUGCCAAGAUGGCGGAAAUCGAGAGAGCUAUUGGACGUCAGUACCAGUCCUUUUGUAUUGCUUUUAUGUGCGCGGUUAAAACGAAGCUGGCUUCACUUUUUGGACUCGAGUUUUCGCUCCAGAUAUAUAUGGAGCUCACUGGCUAGCUUUGCUGCUCCAAGGAAAGGUGAUUAGCAUUCUCAAUAGACCUUUCCGGUAAUUACAUCACAGCUACAUUGUUUUCAACUUAGGACCAUCUUAAAUGGAAUGGAUUUCAAGUUUUAAGCUCUAACACGAAAACGAGGCUGAGGGGCCAUGGCUUCUUUGGGGCCCUCCGCCUCGUUUUCGUGUUAAAGCUUAUUCCCGCAUAAUAAUGUUUUUUUCCCUCAAAAUAAUAAUUUUUUAUCAUGCAUGUGUUAAAGAAGGAUGCUCUGCUUCUUUGCGUAUACACGCGUAAAAAUUAAGAAAAUCGGCAACUUGUUCCAGGUUGAUAUCAACAGGCGUGAACAAGGUUGUGCGGCCCACUAUGAACAGUAUUGUCAACAUGUUGUUACAGCAUUGUUCAACUGUAACAACUUGGAACAACAAGGUUGACAACUUGUUCAUAGUUGGCCGCACAACAUUGUUCACGCCUGUCGAUAUCAACUUGGAACAACCUGUGCGUUUUUAGCCAUGUAGCCAGUGAGAAAAAAACCUUGAACUCCAUUUCAUUUAAGCGUGAUUUAAGAUGGUCCUAAGUUGAAAACAAUGUAGUUGUGACGUAAUUGCCGGAAAGGUCUAUUCGCUUUACCUUUUAAAACAAAUCCUAUUUUUUUCUAGGAGUAAUUGUGACAGCGAAGUGAGAGCGGAACUUCGCAGACACUACAGUAAACCUUACUUUAUACCCUCGGACUCAGAACACAGCGAGACUGAUUGGAUUUUCAUGGGUGGCGUGGGGCCUGGAGCGAAUAUUCAUGUAAGGAUCAGUGACAAUCUCGUUUCCCGAGCCUGCGAUCCUCGGGAAGGAAUGUGAGGCUCUGUGAUAAUCCGUUUCGUGGAGGAGUCUGAUUGGCCGUUGAAAUGGAAUGCGUAGUUCAAUCUUAGCCAGGAUUCCUGGCUUCCGGCAACGGAUUAUCCCAGAGCAUCGCGUUCCUUCCCGAGGAUCGCAAGCUCGGGGAACGAGAUUGGUAAGGAUCAGCGAGUGCCAUUAUAAUGUUAUAUUUUCAUUUAAAUUGUUCGCAUUUUCAGUUAGAUAUCAUGACUAUUUUUGUAACAGCCAAAAAAAGGAUGUUCUAAUACAUGUGAUCAGUACCGUAUAUCUGGAGUGAGAAUUCGAAAGUUACCGUUCUCCGGUUGGUUUUCUUACCCCCAGAAUAAAAUGUAGUUGCUACGGUGAAGCUGUGAAGGUAUCGUGGGCAUUAUCCUUAUAUAUAUUAUUUCUGCAAUGUUUGCCUAGAUGGAUAAUGUUGAACGACCGUCAUGGCAAGCCCAGUUAUCUGGCAGAAAAACCUGGUCAAUUUAUCCACCACCUGAAUGUGAAAGUGUUUGUGAACCCAUGCUGAAUGUGACCAUCGAAAAAGGAGAAAUAGGUAAGCGUAUACUGGGUGUCCCCCCAAAAACUGGACACUGUUUGAUUUCAUGUGACGUAAAAGGUAUAAAAGCUAUCGCAAUGAAAUCAAGAUCAUUGCAUUCAGAAAGGACUAACUUAGAUUUUGAUAUAUAACACUUGAAUUUAAAUGCAAUAUUGACUGCGCUAUUAAUGUUUGAACGUUGAACUACCGUUUUUGAAAAUGCCAAAACAUGUCUGGUUGCCGUGAAAUUAUAAACUUGAAUUUCAUUUUAUUUCAGUUGUGAUUGACACAAACAAUUGGUACCAUGCGACGACAGUGGAACCAGGAGAAAUAAGCAUCACGAUCGGUUCUGAAUAUGAUUAA